CACUAAAAUACAAAACACCACCACCGUCCGUUUACAGUCUCUCUAGAAGCAGCCGGCGGACAACACCAUUUUACAAACGUUAUUGUUUGUUCCGACCCUCUAUGUUUCUUCCGAGACUGACUGAGAUCACGUCGCAUUUAACGGGAAAAAUAUUAUUUUUGUUUGAAUUUUAAGGAUAACUGUCAACACCUGCCUUUGUUAGCAAGUUAGCCUCGCGUGGCUCCUCAUCCUUAAUUCUCUCUCUCUGUUAUAUUCUGGUUUGUUUUAUUUUCUUUGACCAUUUAUUCAGUCAAACAGCAGUUGUAGCUACACCCGUGCUAACGGAGCAGCUCUUUGUUCGUGCUUCGGAAAACACCAGCACCGCCUUGCAGUGAUGAUGAGGAUAAUGAUGGUUAUGAAGAGGAGACAGAGCUGAGAGCUGAGUGUGUGUGGUUGUGUUGCGUUCACACUGGGAGCAGGAAGAACCCCCCUCCCCCACACACACUGCAUCCAUGUUCUCCCCCGACCAGGAAAACAUCUCCACGUCGUCAACCAAAGUGCCAGUCAAAUAUGGAGAGCUCAUUGUGCUUGGGUAUAAUGGCUCUCUACCCAACGGGGACCGCGGCAGAAGGAAGAGCAGGUUUGCACUCUCCAAAAGACCAAAAUCCAAUGGCGUCAAACCCAGCACUGUACACGUAGCCUGCACUCCACAGGCUGCCAAGGCCAUAAGUAACAAGGAUCAGCACAGUAUUUCCUACACGUUGUCCCGUGUACAGACAGUGGUGGUGGAGUACACUCAAGACAGCAAUACAGACAUGUUUCAGAUUGGCCGCUCAACCGAGAGUCCUAUAGAUUUUGUGGUGACUGACACGGUUCCCGGGAGUCAGAGCAACUCUGAUACUCAGUCCGUUCAGAGCACCAUAUCUCGCUUCGCAUGCCGGAUCAUGUGUCAGCGAACACCCCCUUAUACCGCCCGCAUCUAUGCCGCCGGAUUCGACUCCUCCAAGAACAUCUUCCUAGGGGAGAAAGCCGCAAAGUGGAAGACAUCGGAUGGCCAGAUGGACGGUCUGACUACUAACGGCGUGUUGGUAAUGCAUCCUCGCCUUGGUUUCACAGAGGACUCCAAACCUGGUGUGUGGAGAGAGAUUUCAGUGUGCGGAAACGUGUUCACCCUGAGAGAGACACGCUCUGCUCAGCAGCGAGGGAAAAUGGUGGAGAAUGAGACUCAAGAGUUAGUGGAUGGCUCUCUGAUCGAUCUCUGUGGAGCGACUCUCUUGUGGCGUACUGCAGAAGGGCUUUCCCGCACUCCCACCGUCAAACACUUGGAGGCGCUCCGGCAAGAGCUGAACGCCGCUCGUCCCCAGUGUCCCGUGGGUUUCAACACCCUCGCUUUCCCCAGCAUGCGGCGGAAGGACAUCGUGGAUGAGAAGCAACCCUGGGUCUACCUAAACUGCGGUCACGUUCACGGCUACCACAACUGGGGCAACCGUGACGCAGAGCGAGACGGCAGGGAGGGCCGUGAGCGGGAAUGUCCCAUGUGCCGAGCUCGUGGGCCGUAUGUGCCACUGUGGCUGGGCUGCGAGGCAGGGUUUUAUCUGGAUGCAGCCCCUCCUACUCACGCAUUCAGUCCGUGCGGUCACGUGUGCUCAGAAAAAACAGCAGCUUAUUGGAGUCAAAUCCCUCUUCCUCACGGAACGCACACCUUCCACGCAGCCUGUCCUUUCUGCGCCCAGCAGCUCAGUGGCGAGCAGGGAUUCAUCAGACUGAUCUUCCAGGGGCCUGUGGAUUAAACACACCUGCCCAUUUGACAAACAUUAGUCAGGCAUUUCUGUUUUUACUUAGAAUUUGAUUUUAUAAAGAUGACAUUUUCUGCACUCUCAGACUGUUCCUCCCUUUCUGGUUUGUAAGUGACCUUUAUAAUGAUUUUCAAAUACCGAUAAGAAACAAAAGUAUAUAUUUUCAAAUAAAAUUAUUAUAAAAGCGAAAAAAAAAAAAAAAAAAAAACAUUAGACCUCUGCAGAAGAGAAGAGCACAUGCACACCCAGAUUUGAGCAUUCUGAUUGGGUGGCUCUGCGAUUCAUUUGAAGCAGUGGGCGUGGCCGUUACAGAUGGUGACCUGUACAGUGUUUAUUUACUACUUAACAGUAAUACUCAGCAUUAGAGGGGCAAUACACCAUCCAUGUAUGUUUAUGAUGAGCUUACAGACGAGUCUAUCUGUACUCUAUACAAUAUUUCACAGCAUUUCAUAAACCGUAAACCGUUUUCCAUAUAUGUCUAUAACUUAAAAAAUACGUAAUGUUUUUUUAUUUAUACACUAUCAAUGUUUAUCAAAGAUAAAAUUUAUAGGUGUGUUUUUGGGGAGUUAAGUUCUAUGUAGCUGUUUUUUGUUUUCUCUUUAUUGUGAGUCUCUUCCAUUUGUAGGCUUCACUAUAGCAUUCAGAUUUUUCCUCUCUUGUUCUCAUAUAUGUAGGUAACAUGAUUGUGUGAGUGAAAUCUCUGCAAUCGUGGACCAAUGAGGUCAUGCUCAGAGAAAUGUUCUUGCUGAACUCCAGAAAGCUCAAGAGGCCUAAGAAUCUUCACCUCCCUUUAAGCACAGGCAAAAACCACAUGCCCUGACAAUGAGUGGUCACAAAAUUGUGUGUGCUUAAGUGUCCUUGUAAGGUCCCUGUUUUCUGUUUGAGUCUUUUCUAUGUAGAUGACUACCCUUGUUUGGAUAUUUUGGGGACGCUGGGAAGUAAUUUCCAUCUGUAUAGUGCAAAAAGCAGCACUAACCUCUGGAAAACCCUUUACCUCUUUUAUAGGUCAGUUUUAGUCUAUCUUAAUUUGCAAAUUGAGAUGUGAUUAGUUUUGUACCUAACAGCUACUGGGACUUUGAUUGCAGUAGAAAGGGUCAUUUUCUCCAUGUUAAGUUUAAAACCAAUAUUAAACAAUAUUUUCACAAUACAUGACACUCCCGUGAGCAAGAAACUAAAUAGUUAAUACUUACAAUGCCAUUCAAAGUUUGGGGCCAGUAAGACAUUUUUAUUUUUUUCUCAGUACUUUUAUUCAGCAAUGAUGUUUAAUUGUUCAAAAGUGACAGGAAAGAAAUUUGUUACAACAGAUUUCGAUUUCAAAUACAUGCUAUUAUCCUUAACCCUAACCCUUUCUAUUUAAAAAAAAAAAAAAAAAAAAGAAAUCACAAAAAUAUUAAGCAGUACAAAUGUUUUUAACAUUCACAAUAAGAAAUCUUUCCUGGGCACAAAAUCAGCAUAUUAGUAUGCUUUCUGAAGGUUCAUGUAACACUAAAGACUGGAGUAAUGGCAGCUUAGCCAUCACAGGAAAAAAUUACAUUAAAAUAUUAAAACUAUGAAAGUUUAAUCACACAAAUGCAGCUUUUGUAAGCUUAAGAGAUGUCGAAAAUCCUGCUGACCUCAAACUUUUGAACGGUAGUGUUUUUCAAAAGCCAUAUGACCUGUUUAUUCUGUGGAAGACGAAAAGGGAUUCAUAUAGCAGUCCACGCUGCUCUUUUCCAUACAGCGUGAUACAAGCUUAAAUGUCAGUCUAUUCCUCACAAAUCGUAUAUAUAUAUAUAUAUAUAUAUAUAUAUAUAUAUAUAUAUAUAUAUAUAUAUAUAUAUAUAUAUAUAUAUAUAUAUAUAUAUAUAUAUAUAUAUAUACUUUUUUCAGUGAAUUUAAGGUCCCCUAGAAAAAAUGAACUUUUUUGUGUAUGUAUAUGUGAUGAGUAUGCUAAUAUAUUUGAAUUUGUAAUGACAUUUUUGACUGUUUGAUUUCAUGUACAUGCUGUGGUAUGUACUGUGUGAAUGUUAAAUGUGCUGUACUGUGUUACAUGUAAGAAUCUGGAGAGCGUUCGCUGAGUCUGAAGGGUCGAGAAUCCCAGGACUGUGUGUGAAGUGGAUUCUCUGCCUGAGGAGUCCAAGCUCGACUUCCAGAGAUCAUUCAGUUCCUGCUGUUCUGAACAGCAACCAGACAUGGCAUACUGGUGCAGUUUUCACCUCAGGGAGUUUCCUCCAUCCUGACCACCAGGGCAUGUGUUCAUGAAGUAUUUCAGAUCCAGACAGUUGUUCUGGUCUUUUGUGUGUGGGGAGAUCUAGACCACACUCUACUCAAAGUGCUACGAGCGAAUAUGAAGCUUAAUCAUGCAACAGACAUAACUCUUAACCUUAUUUUUUAUUUUUUUUUAGGAUGCUUCAUUAGCUAAAUAAUUCUCCAUGUGCUCGUGUUUGUUCCCCCCCCCCCCCCCCCCCCAAGUAUUGAGCAAACACACUAGAUUUGUUAAGACACAUUUGAGUUUUUAAGGUCAUCACUCUUUUGUCUCUGUAGAGACGGCAGAUAUAAAGGGCUUUUUUAUUUUCAUUUUCUGUUUGUUUGUUUGAGUUCUUUGACAUGUCUCUUGUCACUUUGGUCUAACCAGUCUGCAUGAUCCUAGUAUGUCUGUGUGUGUGUGUGUGUGAAAGGGAGUGCCUGUUCUGGAAAAUUAGAAAACAUAAAGGCAAAUGCUGAGAAUGUUUCUGAUUUACCAUUUUGUACCAACUUUAAACUAAUAAAAUUUUAAAAAGCAUA